AGGGUAAAGCUGCAGACCCGGAGACUGCAGUUUUAGGACCGCUGCAGAUUCAGGACCGCUGCAGUUCUAGGACCCUACUCUGCCGCCUAGCGACAUGAGUGAUUAUUACACAGUAGGCGGGACCAGCGAGAGAGGGAGUGAGUGGGGUGCAGGUGUAUGCUAAAGGCUUUUCUCCUCAUAGCUGUUGUCGUCGUCGAAUUGUGUGGCACAGUUUGGUGCACGAUGGAGUACAGUCGGAAUAUGCAUAUAACAAUUCAAGAGGGUCGAGCUAUGCCUAAACUGGAAAGAUGCACCACAUGCUGCAAAAAGUUCCACUGCCCAUUUUGCUCUUCAUCUUUGUUCAACCCAACAAAGUUAAGCAAAGUCAAAACCCAUUUAGAAAGCCAUUUCAGCCGAGCUGUUUUCCAAAAAGAGUACACCAUUCACAGAUGUGGAUUAAAGUGCAGACCACAAUUGCAUUACCAUUGUAUCCACUGCCAGUCAACGCUGUCACGUAAAGCAGACUUCAUUAAACAUGUGUCCUUGUGCAAGGAGAAGGACUCUUCUGUACCCCACAUCCCAGCUAAAACUAACCCCACCACCCCUGCUCCAAAAACCACCACCACCCCUGCUCCAAAUACGACCACCACCCCUGCUCCAACAACCACCACCACCCCUGCUCCAAAUACGACCACCACCCCUGCUCCAACAACCACCACCACCCCUGCUCCAAUAACCACCACCAUUCCUGCUCGAAUAACCACCACCACCCCUGCUCCAAUAACCACCCCCACCCCUGCUCCAGCAACCAUCACCACCCCUGCUCCAAUAACCACCCCCACCCCUGCUCCAGCAACCAUCACCACCCCUGCUCCAAUAACCACCCCCACCCCUGCUCCAAUAACCACCACCACCCCUGCUCCAACAACUUCCACCAGCUCAAUUUCAGCAACCUCCACCACUGUCAAUGUGACAACCAUGCCAAAAACACAGGUGAAAAGCAUCUGUGCAAAGCACAAAUGUCCCAAAUGCCAGGUUGUCAUGAACAAAACAAAUUUAAAAAGGCACCUUGAAAGGAAACAUACACACCAAUAUAAGGACAUAACAGCAAGUUCAAAUCUCCAGAGUGAAUGCAUAGAUCCAGAGAAUGGAAUUUAUACGGUCUACAAAGCUUUUCAUGGUACAAGUGUUCCUCUGCAUGUUCAAAAUAAAGUAUGGGGGGAAAAUCAACAUGUAUCCUGUGAAUCCACUGAGUGUCAAGUGAACAUGGAGUUGGCAUGGAGGAGUGGGAUUAAGGCAUAUCAGUGCAUACACCUCAAAUCAAUAACAUACUGUGCAUUGUAUGCCUCCUCCCCUGUACUUAAUGAAGAAACACUUACUGAGAUGGUGAAUAGCAAGUGGUUUGGUGAUGAUAAAAAGAAGCUCUGCCUUGAUCGCCAAAACAAGGCCAAAAACAGCCAUGUACCUCUGUCUGUGUGCUCUAGAAUUGGAACCCCUCAGACCAAAAAAUACAUAUCGAUUUAUGAGCCCACAGUUUCAUACUACAGUCGAUUGGGAAGAGUCAUGGUGACGUACGACACCAAAAAAAAUUCAUGGCACUGUCCUUGUGCCAGGACAAAAAGAUCAUGCCCACAUAAAUACGUAGCCAAAUGGCACUUGUUCCAAACACACCGUGAACUGUUCAGGAAAGUUCGGAGCACUGAGGAGGGGAAACACCUGAGUACAGCAACAGAGGACAAAGACAGUAAUGAUGAGGCUGAGCUGGGUAGCCAGUUAUACCCACCAAAAGAUAUACAAAAAUUGAAGGACAUCACCAUGUAUAUUUACAAGUACAAAAAGUUACCUGCUGUUCUGCCAGAACAUUUGCGGCUUCCAUCAAUGGAAAAAGAAUACCCAAGACACCUCAUACCAGAGGAGUUGAUGUGCCAGCACUGCCCAGGCAAUGUGCCAUUGAGUGAUCCAGUUCUCAUUACACAGAAGGCCAAAAUCCUCACAAACUUGUGUAUUGUUCAAGGUAGUGUGGUAGAUAUAAUUCAGUAAU